AUGAGUACGAAAGAAGCCAAGAACGACGUCGCCGUAGACAAAAUCGCCGACGAUGUUGUGGACGCCAAGGCCGACCUUAAGGGCACCAAAAGAACAGCAGACGAAAAAUUAGAAGAAGUGAAAAAAUUGAAAAAAGAAGAAAAUGGUGAGGAAGACCUAGAUGAAGAAGAUGAACCGGAAGGCGAAGAAGACGAGGAAGAAGAAUUCGCCGAAGGUGAAGAUGAUCUAGAUGAAGCUGACGGUUGUUCAGAAGAUGAUGAAGAUGAUGUAGACGGUGUAGAAGAAGAAGAUGAUGUGUAA